AUGAUUGUUAACAUGCCUGUUCGGAAACAAGACGCUUACCGAGCCUUAGAAUUGCUCGAAGAAUAUUACAAUCGUCUUGAUUCCCCAGAAGAUAAACCUUUAAAAAAUGCCAUAGAUAGAGUUAUCAAAGUUUUUAAAAGCCGACUUUUUCAAGCAUUACUUGAUAUUCAAGAAUUCUAUGAAUCAAUAUUACUUGAUGAACAACGUGAUCGUUCAGCUAAAAUGGAUGCCACACUAAAUCUAGCUGAUGAAUGGGAAAAACAACCCAUGCUGAAUCGAAAUAUUCGAAAUGGUACACCAGCAAUCGAAUCACCAAUAAUAGCAUCAGUAGGAACUAAUAAUACAACAAUGCCUCGGCCAACCACUAUCAAAGAAAAUAGUAAGCAUCAAGUAACACCAACAGCUUUCUCCCAAGUAGCUGAUGUACAAGAUGGACUUCAAAAUAAUCGUCUGAAUACAUCAGGGUUGAAUUCACCGAUUGACAUGACACAGUUCAAUUAUGAUGAUCAUUGGCAAGAAAUCGAAAUUGAUCUUGACCGACCACCUGGCGUUGGUCUUGGAUUUUCAAUUGCAGGUGGAACUGAUACACCUUGUAUUAGUGAUUCACCAGCUGUUGUUGUUACACGUAUAACCGAAGGUGGCCUUGCUGAUCGUGAUCAACGAUUGAAACUUCAUGACAUCAUUUUACGUGUUAAUAUCGUCGAUUUUACUCAUAUUGAACAUCAAGCAGCUGUUGAUGGACUUAAAGCAGCUGGUAAUCAUGUCACAUUAUUGAUUCGGCGAUUAGCGCCACCUAUUAUGGAAGAAAUCCAAUUAAAUAAGCCACCAAAUGCACAUUUAGGCUUUUCAAUUGCUGGUGGCAUCAGUCACGAACAUGUCAAAGGGGAUUAUGGAAUAUUUAUCACCAAUAUUAUCCCAGGUGGAAUCGCUGAUAAAAAUGGCCGAUUAAAAGUUGGCGACCGUCUUAUGCAUGUGCAAUCAUUGAAAAAUGGGUAUGAUUUACAAUUUGUCGAACAUAAACAUGCUGUUGAAUCAAUACGACGUGCAUGUGAUGAAAGUCAAACAAUAACUCUAUUAGUCGGUCAUCCAACUGAUUUUCCAGGAAUAGUAGAUGUACCAAUACAAACUACAAAUGGGCAUCGUUCACCGAUACAAAAUGAUGAACCAGGAGAGCCCCCAUUGGAACGUCGUGUUGUACUUCGUCGUGGUACAACUGGUUUCGGUUUCAAUAUUGUUGGUGGAGAUGGAGAAGAAGGUAUUUAUAUAUCCUUCAUACAAACGGGUGGUGUAGCAGAUAAAUCAAGUGAAUUACAUAAAGGAGAUCGUAUAUUAUCGGUAAAUAAUAUUGACUUUCGUGGAGUAACUCAUGAAGAUGCAGCAACAGUGCUGAAAAACUGUGGUGAGACGGCUGAUUUACAUGUCAUUUAUAAAUAUGAUGAUUUUAUUCGUUUUGAAAAUCGUAUUGACGAACGUCGAAGUAAAAUGACUGGUGAAAUAGCUGGCAGUACAGGUAGUUUGAAAACGUCAACAAAACGACAAUUUUUUGUUCGUGCGGAAUUUGAUUACGAUCCUUCGAAAGAUCCAAGUAUACCGGGAGAUCGUGGUUUAUCAUUUUGUGCAGGUGAUAUUCUUUAUGUAACCAAUGCAGCUGAUGAUUCAUGGUGGCAAGCUAAACGUAUUACUGAUGGACACGAAGGAGAUGAAUUAGGAAUAAUUCCGUCGAAAUCACGAGUUGAGAAGAAAGAGCGUGCUAGACAAAAACGUGUAAACUUCAAUCAAGGAAGUAGUAGUCGAAGUAAUACACUUGAUCGAGAAAAGAAGAAGAAAAAAAAAUUUGGCUUAUUUGGAAAAAGUGGAGAAAGAAAAGAUGCACAAUCAGGCGAUGAUUCAGAUAAUGAACCAGAUAAUCUCGAACCUGUGCCAUCAUAUGAAAUGGUUACUCAACAUGAAGUAAAUCAUACUAGACCGAUUAUCAUAUUUGGUCCAUUUAAAGAGCUUCUUAAUGAUCAACUUCUCAAUGAUCACCCAGAUAAAUUUGCUAAUUGUGUACCUCAUACAAGUAGACCUAAACGUGAAAAAGAAGUUGACGGACGUGAAUAUUACUUUGUUUCAUCACGUGAACAAAUGGAAAAAGAUAUUCAAAAUUAUCUAUUCAUUGAAGCUGGAGAAUAUGGUGGAAAUCUCUAUGGUACAAGUGUUAGUGCCGUACGAGAAGUUGCUAAUGCUUCCAAACAUUGUAUUUUGGAUGUAAGUGGCCAUGCUAUUCGACGUUUAAUCACAGCUGGUAUGUUCCCUAUUGCCAUCUAUGUUAAACCACGUGAUGCCAAAUGGAUUUUAGAUAAUAUGGGAGAAGAAGCAAAUGAAGGCGGUGCUCAAAAAACGUAUGAAAGAGCACUAACAAUUGAACAACAAUUUGGCGAUCUUCUUACCACUGUCAUUGAGGAAGAAACGCUUAGUGAUGUAUAUGAUCAUAUCUGCGCAGCUAUCGAUCGGGAACAAUCACUCGAUUAUGUAUGGAUACCAUCAAAAGAAAAAUUCUAA